AUGUCUGCUUUGGAACAAUCCUUAGACGCUAUCAUUGCACAAAAUAAGCCUGCUAAAAAACAAGCACCUCCAAGACGUAAUAUCAGAGCAGGUAAAAGUGUUGCCAAAACUACUGGCAAGCGUGGCGUCAUUGCGAGAAGACCAGUUGCUCCUGCUGCUUUCAAGGCUAAGAAGGCUACUGUCAUUCAACAAAAGUUGCAACCAAAGAUUGCUGCUGCUGCUUCUCUGGAAGUUGCAACCAAGGUUGUUGUCUCUGGUUUGCCAAAGGACUUAAACCAGAGAUCCAUUCAAGAAUUUUUCACUCAAACUGUUGGUCCAACCAAUAAGGUCACCCUUUCGUACAACGAAAAAGGUAAAUCUACAGGUGUAGCAACUGUUAUUUUCAAAAAUGCUACCGUUGCUCGUAAAGCGGUAGCUAAGUAUAACAACGCGCCAAUUGAUAAUGGCCGUUCUACAUUGAAGCUUGAGUUAGUUGUUGACACUACUAAGGUUCCUCUUGCUGCAAGAAUUCAACCAAACGUUGUUGCUCCUCAACCAUCGAGACCAAGGGCGCCACUUGCGAGACAGUUCAGAAACAAGCAGGUAAAACCAGUUAGAGCUAUUGCAAGAAAUAGACAAGCUGCACCAAAGAAACAACCAAAGAAAAAGAAAACUAUUGAAGAAUUAGACCAAGAGAUGGCUGAUUACUUUUCCAAGAAUGAAAACCAAUCUUGA